GCAUGUACAAGAAUUAGAGAAACAAAAUUCCGACUGGGAUUUGAGGGCCGAGAAAUAAUGGUGGGUGCCGGGCACAAACCUAAUCUACGAUCUGCGGUUGAUGUCAAGUGGCAGGAAACUCUCGACAAGCAAACCUGCGAAAAGUACAAUGAUUGCUUCGCUCGCCUGAUACAACAGAACUAUUAUUCAGCUGCGAGAGCUGAUAGUCAACGCCACGCCGCAUAUUUCCCUGCAAACGCGGAUGAAAUUUACAAGCAGAUCGAGGCAGCAAAAUGUAGGACUGCAGGGUAUGCCUCCCAGUUUUCAAAGUGA